UGGAACAGGUGCAGUGCUUGCUGGAAACUAAUUGAAGUAAUAGACCAUUACAAAAGUAAAAAAAAACAUGUGACAUGGUUUUAUUCACACCUUUUGACAUAGUAGAAUAUUUGUAAUAUGGACGGGUCAGUACUCUAAAAAAUCUUUUCACUUUUUUACAGCACAGAGAAAUGGAGGGAGCUCAACAAGAAAGAAGGCAGAGCUUGCUGUUGCCUCCACAAAGGAUGAAGAGAAACUCUGGAGGACACCGGCCUCGAGGACUGAGUUUGGGCACCCCUGAGUAAAAUACUAAAUGUCAGAGUCACCUAAAUUCAGGAUUGUUCUGGUGGGUAAAACUGGAUCUGGAAAGAGUUCAGCAGGAAACAUUUUAUUUGGCGAAAAGUGUUUUGAACAUAAAAUUUCUGCAAUAUCAACUACUAACACCUGUGAAAAACAAAAAAAGAAUGUGGCUGGUGAGAUUACUGAAAUAACUGAUACUCCAGGACUGUUUGAUACAUCAAUGAAUCCAGAGGAGCUGAAGUGUGAGAUUGAGAAGUGUGUAGUGAUGUCAGCUCCUGGUCCUCAUGUGUUUCUGCUGGUCAUCAGACUGGAUGUGAGAUUCACAGAGGAGGAGAAGAACGCAGUGAAAUGGAUUCAGGAGAACUUUGGUGAAGAAGCUGCACACUACACCAUCAUUCUGUUCACUCAUGCUGAUGCACUAGAAAAUGAAUCAUUAGAUGCAUAUAUUGAAGAGAGUUUAGAGCUACAAACACUGGUAAAGAGCUGUGGUGAUAGAUAUCACUCAUUCAACAAUAAAGACAUGGAAAACCGCUCUCAGGUGACACACCUGCUGGAGAAGAUUGAGAAGAUGGUGAACGAGAAUGGAGGAAAGCACUACAGCAAUGAAAUGUACCGGGAAGCUCAAGAAAGGAUAGAUCAAAGAAAAAUCUUCUGGUCAGAGAAACCCAGGAUUGUGCUGUUGGGUAAAAAUGGAUCAGGAAAGACCACAACAGGAAACAUCAUCCUGGGCAUGAAGAAGGAGUUUGCAGACACAUCAUUGACCAAACCAUCUAGCAGAAGUGCAAUUGUUGAGGGGAGAAGCUUGUCAAUAAUUGACACUCCACAACUAUGUGAUUCAUCAAUGGAUAAAAAAAAAUCUGAGACUGUUUUAAAGGACCUAGUCGUUGAGUCUGAUCCUGGUCCUCAUGUGUUUCUGCUUGUCAUCAAUGUAAAGGGUUCCACACAGAACACAGUGAAAUGUAUUCAGGGGAAUAUAGGUGAAGAUGCUGUAGACCACACAAUCAUUGUGUUCACUCAUGUAGAUCAGCUAAGUACACCUUUGGAUGAGUUUAUAAAUAAAAAUAAUGACAUUCAGGCACUGAUUGAGAGCUGUGGAGGCAGAUUUCAUUCAUCUUGUAAUGUGGACUUUGCAAACAGAGGUCAGGUCACACUACUGUUGGAAAAGAUUGAGAAAAUGAUGGAAACAAAUGGUUGGAAGUGCUACACAAAUGAGAAAAUUGAAAACAUUUUAAUAACAAAUAGACAGUUGAAAGAAAUCAUUGAGAAAUAUUGUGAAAUAAAAAGGAAAAUCAGAAAUGUAGCAGCAGUAACAGUUCCUUCAAUAGCAAUAAUAGGAGCAGUUUUACUUUUAGGUAGACCUGCAUUCAAAUACAGAUUGAUUAAAAGCUUCAUCACGUACAUGUUUGGUUAAAACUGCUACCCACAGAGUACUAUCAAACAUUUGUUACUGGAUAACAUCAAGUGAUAUCAC